CAGAGCGAGGUUAUUAGCAGCCAAGUAGAGUUAAAGUCAGUUACUUAGAGCAAUAAAUUUGGUACAGAACCGCUUCCAAACUCAUUUGUUUGUCCCUUAAUGUGACCGUAGUUUGUGAAAAUGGCAGCGGUCAUGUUUAACCGGUUAUUUUAGGUCGUUUCCACCUGACAACUUGUGCUAACGUUAGCCUGUUAGCUGCUCUGGCUGUUUAAAGCUCCAGUUGUGACCCCGCACGGAUUUCUGCUAAACACCUGCUGUUGACGGAGUGUUUGACGCCAAUUAAGAUGUACCUGGUGGGACUGACGGGAGGCAUCGCCUCAGGAAAAAGCACAGUGUCUUCCAUGCUGCGGGAGCUUGGCUGUCCUGUUAUAGACGCUGAUGUUGUGGCCAGGAAAGUGGUGGAGCCGCACACUCCCGCCUAUUCCCGCAUCGUUUACCACUUUGGACCUGAGAUUCUGCUGGAGAACGGGGAGAUCGACAGGCAGAAGCUGGGCCAACUCAUCUUUGCUGACGAAGAGAAGAGGAGGCUGCUGAACUCCAUCACCCACCCAGAGAUUCACAAAGCCAUGCUUAAAGAGAUCCUGUUCUUCUUCCUCAGAGGGUACCGUUACGUGGUCUUGGAUGUCCCCCUCCUGUUUGAAACCAGGCGUCUCACUAAGUUUCUGACCCACACUGUGGUCGUUUACUGCGACCCCGCGACCCAGCUGCAGCGCCUGGUGCAAAGGGACGGCCUGACCCAGGAGCAGGCCAAGCAGCGUGUGGCCUCUCAGAUGCCUCUCAACGAGAAGCGUGGUCUGGCCAGUCAUGUCAUCGAGAACUCGGGCGGCCGGGAGGAAACCCACCGGCAGGUCCUGAAGCUGCACACGAAGCUGGAGGACUCCAUGGACUUCCUGUUAGUGAGGCUCAUCGCCAUCGCCACCACGGCUGGUUUGGGCGGGAUCCUGCUGUACGCAGCCAAGAUCCUCCUGUCCUAACAGAGGGAUCAGAGCUAGGGCUUAGUCUGAGGUGUGCUGAAUGUGAAGCUGUGAGUAGAGUCAGACAAACGCCUGGUCCAAGUUACCGAUGCAAUUCACUGUGAAAUUAGUUUCACAGCGUCUUCCAUUUUGGCGCAGCAGUGUGUUAACACAGCUUAGACAACUCACUAACAAAUGCGACUUAGUGGGAAGGGUUUUACGUGCAAUUUAUUCUCCCUUUUCCUCAGAAACACUAAACGAUGAAGGCAACACAGGAGAAACUCAGUUCUGCUUAGUUAUAAAACAAAUUCUCCUCAAGGCUCGGCCCAGGAACGCUGGUGAACUCUGUGCUUUUCACAGCAGUCGUUGGAAAGAGUUAAAACCCACAGUUAAUUUAAUUAUUUUAAAAACAUUUACCUUUUAAAAACGUGUCAUGAAACUUGAGCUUUUUAGUUUGCUCUCCUAUUUGACACAGAGUCGUUUUUUACCGUCUGCACUUUAGAGCAUUUUAAAGUGGGUUUUAAACUCUUAGCAGGAAUGAAGCUGGAGCUCUGAGGAGGUUCUGACCCAACUACAGCAUGUGCUGUUGUCAUGGAGCCUGUCUGACUGAAUGUAUUAGACAAUCUGUUUUUACUGUGAACAGCAGAAAUCAGCCGAGUUCACACUUAUCACUGUAUUUUCUUACAUUCAUAGUAAAAAGUGUGUCAUUUUUUUUUUCUUUGCACAUUUGUAACUGAAACAUUUCUAUUCUGAUAUGAUUGUUUUAACUCUAACAGACCACAGCACUGUUCGAAGGAAACAGCAGAACGAUGGUGUCUUGUGUUUUUGUUCUGUGUGCGUGUCUGCUCUCCGGUGUUGACAUGUUCCCUUGGUUUUCUCAAGAUCACAUGUUUAGCUUUUCUUGACACAAACAUGCCAGUUUCAUCUGAUCUCAAGAAAACAAUAUGUUGUUUUCAAGGGAUACGGGGAUUUUUAUCUAAGAUCUAAAUUAUAACAGAAAACCGAAAGUAGUAUACCUUUUUUAGGUAGAUGUUUGAAAUAUAUCCUAGUUUUCAUGACAAAAACAACUUUUUCAGUUAAAAAAACAACUAACCCUUUAUCUCAAGAAAACAAACUCUUUAGCUGAAAAUAGCAAAUAUGUAGCUCACCGUCUCAAGAUGAAGUAAUGAAAAUACGUUUUUGAGCACACAUUUUUUCAGCUUGUGUACAAAUUGUUUAGGAUUUGAUUUAAAAAAUGACUUCACAGUUGAGCAAAAUAAGAACGUUAGUUUCUGUAAUUUGGAGCAGCUGCUCGUUGUGUUUGGUUGAUGUGGUCUAACCUAGAAAUCUAGACAGGAGCCGAAGCAAAAUUAUUUUGUUCGGCGUGACUCCAACGGUGUAUGGUGAGCGCCCACGUUGGUUGACAUCUAUAGCAGUGAGUAUGUCACGUUCUUCUUUUUCCAAGACCAAGAGGACAGAGUUUGAAUGACAGCCGUAGAUUUGGCCCUCGACCGAGCUCUCUGUGGAUCAUGGACAGACCAGAUAUUAAAGGUGUGGUUGAGUGAA